AUGGCCUCCUCCGCAGCAAAUACGGUUGCCUUUAUAGGCAUUGGUGUCAUGGGCUAUCCCAUGGCCAAAAACCUCCGCGCCGGCUUGAGCUCUGACAAGACGCUGCUCAUCUGCGAUGUGAGCCCUGAAGCCAUCGAGCGCUUCAAAUCGGAAACGGCGGGCCAGGGACCGGUCGGUGUGGUAAAGAACGGCUUCGAGGCGGCAAAAGCGGCGAAUACCGUCAUCACAAUGCUUCCUGGAUCCGAUGCUGUGAAGGCAGUCUACCUCGACCCGCAGACUGGGGUUUUGGCCGGCGUGGUCGCUGCCGGCACCCCUGAAGAGCACAAGCUGCUCAUGGAGUGCGGCACGAUCGAGUCAGACACCAUUCUCGCCGUGGCAAAAGCCUCUCAGUCCACGCAGCUGCCGGCCGAGGCCCUCACAUUUGUCGACGCGCCGGUAUCUGGAGGGCCCAUGGGUGCCCAAGCAGGAAAUCUGACCUUCAUGGUGGGGUGCGCGCCUUCGGCCUCGGACCGCGUGUUCCCCCUUGUCAAGGACCACCUACGCCACAUGGGCUCGGAAGAGGGCAUAUUCCUCUGCGGCGACGUCGGUGCAGGUACCGCAUUCAAGGUGAUCAACAACUACCUGAGCGCCAUCACGUCGCUCGCGGCGAGCGAGGCCCUCAAUAUCGGCGUCAAGGCCGGCCUCGACCCCAAGCUGCUGACCGACGUCAUCAAUGUCAGCGGCGGCCAGUGCUGGGUGACGAGCAAGAGUAACCCGGUUCCUGGCGUGCAGGCGAACGUGCCGAGCAGCAGGGGGUACGAGGGCGGAUUCCGCAUCGAGCUGUGCGCCAAGGUGCUUGGUAUGGGCAGGCGGUUGGCCGAAAUGGUGGGUGCACGCACGGUUCUGGCUGCACCAACCCUUGAUGCGUUUGCCGAGGCGAUUGCAGAUGAGCGGUACCGUGGCAAGGAUGCCAGGGUAGUGUACAAGUGGCUCAAUGAGAGCGAGAUAUCUAAAUAG